ACUUUCCCGGCAAUAUUGGUUACACAGUCACACUGACACACCCGCGAUAAAACGCCGUCCAAUGUAUUCUACGUGGCGGAACCUAAUUGGUUAGUUAGUGUUACUACAGUGACGGAACAGUAACACCAGCGUUACCCUCCCUUUUAUGAACUUUCCUGUCACUUUCCUUAAAACCAAAAAUGGCGAAAUCUGACAUUGAAACUGGUGUUGUUGGUGUUGGUGUUGGUGACGAGCUGUAUCCGGGGAUGAAAGAAAGCUCGGAGCUUCGUUGGGCUUUCAUAAGGAAAGUUUACAGCAUCUUGUCUCUUCAGAUGAUCCUCACCGUCGGAGUCUCCGCCGUGUUCUUCUUCGUCCGUCCGAUUCCUGAGUUCAUCAUCGAGACUACUCCAGGCCACGUCGUCUUUUUCGCCAUCCUUCUUCUUCCUUUACUCCUGCUGUGGCCUCUGUUGGCUUUUGAGAAGAAGCAUCCCAUUAACUGCAUUGUUCUAUCCAUCUUCACUCUCUCCAUUUCCUUCUCUGUGGGGAUUUGCUGCUCUCUUUCCAAAGGGAGGAUUGUUAUGGAGGCUGCAAUUCUCACAGCUGCGAUGGUCUUUGGGCUGACGAUCUACACCUUCUGGGCAGUAAAGAGAGGCCAUGAUUUCUCCUUCCUUGGACCAUUCCUCUUUGGUGCACUCCUCAUUAUCUUCGUCUUCACUCUGUUGCAGCUAUUCCACCCUCUAGGGAAGCUAUCGUCGAUGAUAUUCAGCGGAUUAGCUUCAAUCGUGUUCUGCGGUUACAUCAUCUAUGAUACGAACCAGCUGAUCAAGAAACUCAACUACGACGAGUAUAUCCAUGCUGCCAUUCGUCUCUACCUGGACGUCAUCAAUCUCUUCCUCAAUCUCCUCGGCAUCAUGAGCAACGGCCAGUGACAUGUGGUUCAUCUUCUCUAGUGGUGUCCUUAAUAGCCUACUAAUUGUAGACAUAGAUUUAUCGAAUAUUAAGAAGACAAUAUAGAUGUAUUGUGACUUGUGAGUGUUUAUUGCUUAACAAUACCAAACAUUCUUCACAAGCAGAUUAGUAUAUAACAUGUGAGAAAAGAUCCUCAAUGAUAUAUUUGAUUUCUAAGUCUGGUUAA